AUGUCCGUGCCCUCAUAUCCUCCCAUGGCCAAUCUUGACCGGGGUGGCCUCCAACCACCCCCGCCAGGCCAUCGGCGCUCUCGCGGCGGCUAUGUUCCACAUGGCCAGAAGCCGCUCUCGAUGACCCAUCCAGGGUCCCUUGCCCCUUCGUCUAGCAACUUAUCGGCCCAUUCAAACUUGCAACACCAUGCGAGCGACUCUGUCGUAGAGCCGACAACCCAUUCGCUUGUCAGACAUGCUCGUCAUUACUCGGAAGGACCCUCGGGCUCAUCAAAUAUUUCGAACGAUGUAUCUGCGCGGGCCGAUAGCUGUGAUAUGGUCAAUGGAAAUGGCAGUCCAUCGCCGGGGUUUUCGUUGGGUGCUUCGACCGCUACAAUGCGCGGGGAUAGGCGUUUCAUGUCUGAGAGUUCAGAACAAUCAGCCACUCUCUUGAGCAAGCUUUUUGCGAGUGAAAUCUUUGCCGGUAUACUAGUCUCGGUUCCAUACCUGAUAUUUUCAGCGUUCAUGGCUACAUAUUACUCAACCCACGACUCCGGAGGAGAGUUCCGCGACGAGUCUGUAGAAUCUGGCCAGGCACCCCCUCUUUCUCCAAAGAGGAGAGAGUUUCUCAGCACUUGUGCAUUGACCUCGAUAACGAUGCUGAUAAUGGGCCUCCAUACUGAGCUGCGAAUGAAAAACCAGUUGCGUCUCCUGAGUGACCCUACAGCCAAAGCGAAAUCAGCUGGUGGGACUAUACCGACCGUCCGGCAUACUAUCCUUAUGACGAUAUCCAUAGGCCUGCCAUUUUAUGCUUCUCUGCUUCUUGAUCAUGGCAGGGUCGUUAUCGUCAUGCUACUCUUGCUAGUCUCCAGAUUGGCCCCAAUUAUUCAGCUUGAUCAUGACAGCUAUGAGCAGAAACAAUCCCGAUUCCAUUUAACACAACGCAAAGGGACAACUUGUUUCCUGCUUGGAAUGAUGGUUCUCGACACCGCGGGAUUCACAACAUCCAUUGACUGGCGGCUGGUUCUCAGAGGAUAUCUUGCACUUUUGCUCUCAGUAUUUAUUAUCCAGCCUCCUUUUGCAAAACCACAAAAUCGUCCUUCAAUAGUUCAUUCCAAGGGGCCAACUUACGAGCCCGCGGUUUCUGAUUCUGCCCCUCCAGUCCAAAGUAGCCUAUUGCCGGAAUCAAGAGCCGCCGCUGCAGGCUCCAAUCUAUAUUUCCGAGUUGGCAGCAUUUUAGCAGUUUCCUGCUUCCUCAUUGGUUAUGUAACUGGCGGUAUCCAUAUCACCCUAGCGGCCUUAGUGAUUACAUUGAUAACUGCGUUGCUCUCAGCUAUAUCCUUUCUAUAUAUCGAGCGGUCAACAUUCCAAAGUAAACAUCAACUAGCCUUUAUUGCAGGAUCCGGUUCCACUAUUAUGGUUAACGCUGUUAUAUCCCACAUGGAAGUUUUAGAAAUUGCACUAGCAUGCUCUUUCAUUGUUGUUGGCUAUAUUUUAGUUCACCUAGAUCUUAGGGCAGCACAACAAGAUGUCCAUGGCCAUUCUCAUGCUGUGCACGGACAUGGACAUCAUGGGCAUCACCAUGCUGACCACCACAAAAGUGAGACCGGUCCGACUCGAGUAACCAGAUGGCUUUUGAAGUCGUUUGACCAUUGGCCUUUCAUAUAUGGGAUCCUUAAAGAAAAAGACUCGCGGAGAAUAUUCUAUUUCAUGUGCCUUAAUUUUGGAUUCAUGCUUGUUCAACUAUCUUAUGGAAUCUUAACCGGCUCGCUGGGCUUGCUUAGCGAUAGCAUUCACAUGUUAUUUGACUGUUUCGCACUCGCAGUAGGCCUUUCUGCCGCUGUGAUGAGUAAAUGGCCGCCAAGUGUAAGAUUUCCAUACGGAUACGGGAAGGUAGAUACGUUGGCUGGCUUUGCCAAUGGCGUGUUUCUCAUGAUUAUUAGUAUUGAGAUUGUCUAUGAGGCCGUCGAAAGGCUCAUGUCUGGAAGCGAGGUCCAGAGGAUAGGGGAGCUUCUUUUCGUCGGCGCUGCUGGGCUGGCAGUCAACAUGGUGGGAAUAAUGGCGUUUGACCACGGCCACCACCAUGGACACUCUCACUCCCACGGUGGCCAUGACCACGGCCAUUCACACUCAAACGAAAACAUGCAUGGGAUUUUCCUCCACAUCUUAGCCGAUACCCUUGGGUCCGUUGCAGUGGUUCUGUCGACAAUCCUCGUGCAUUUUUACAAGUGGUCUGGAUUCGACCCAAUUGCCUCAUGUCUAAUAGCCAUUCUCAUUUUUGUCUCUGCCAUACCACUGGUGGCUAGCACGUCGAAAACCUUACUGCUCGCCCUCCCCGCGGAUGUUGAAUACGGGCUACGCGAUGCCUUAGCUGGUGUCAGCACCCUGCGUGGCGUGGUUGGAUAUUCCGUUCCGAAAUUCUGGUUAGACGAUACCGUUCACGAUCAUCAGCAUAAACAUGACCACCACGGCCACCAUCACGGCCACCAUCAUGGCCACGACCAUAGCCAUCAUUCCCAUACCCAUCCCCACGAUGACAACCACUGUAAUGGCGACAAGCAUUCCCACGAACACGCCCACGGGCAUGGCGGGUCCGGCCAACGAAUACUGGGAGUGAUGCAUGUGAUUGCGUCUCGCGGGGCGGAUAUGGAGGACGUCCGGCGUCGGACGAUCAGCUACCUAAGCGAACAGGGCAUAAAUAUCCUAGUUCAGGUAGAGCGCGAGGGCGAGAACCGGUGUUGGUGUGGCACUGGGAAUAUGCCGAUGAAUUGA